AUGAGGAUCGUCGACCCCCAAUCCGCCAUCCUCACGAACAUCGAAGUCCUUGCCUAUGUCACGGCAAAUCCACCGCGACGACCUCCCAACCCGCCCCCGAACUCGAGGAAUUGGGUCCCCAGUCCGGAUCUGAGGGAUCAUAAUACUGUUGUGAAAGAGAUCCAUAAUUACAUUGCCCGUCUCUCCCCUCACAUACUACAUUAUCCACGAUAUACACCACCCGGCAUACCUGCGCCUGCACCUACGACAUCAACCAUACAGACACAGACACAAUCACAUAGCACAUCGGAAUCCCAAAUACAACCAACGCAAAUACCCCCCGCGCGACUAAACGCAAACACGCCCAUCGAUGAUGCCCUCCGGAACCUAAUUACGCAGUUACAGCCGUAUGGGCUCACGAAAGGAGAAGUGCUUAUGAUUGUGAAUUUGGGUGUUGGUGUGCAGGGUCCGAAUGCUGAUGCUCCUGAAGAAGGAGGGGAGGAGGGGGAAGGGACAGGGGAAGGGGACGCCGAGGGCGCUGAACAAGGCGCAGAAGAGGGAGGGGAAGGGACGGAGAUGGUCAAUGGUACGGCAGCUGGAAGGGAAGGGGAGGAGAUGGAUGUAGAUGCCGUGGAAGGAGCGGAGGAAGGAGGAGCAGCAGAAGGAGAGGAGGAAGUGCCAGAGGAAGAUUACGGGCCGUUGGCGCUUCUGGACACGGUGAUUGAGGAGCGGGAUGAGCGGUUGAGUGAUGAGGAUGUGAGGGCGGUGUUGGCGAUUAUUAGGGAGACGUUGGGUGGGGGGGCAUUGAACUGA